AUGCAGGCUCUUGAAGAGGAAGCAAAAAAAGAAUUCACUGGAUUGAAGCUUGAAGUAAAGUGCGUGACAUCUUUUUCCCCUGAAAAGUACAAUCUAUUUGGAAUUUUGCGACAGCACAAACUUGGCGACAAAAACUUUGUAGGCCAGGAACGGUUGGCGGAUAAUCACGAGAUACAAAUCGCAUUCAGUCAGUUUCGCUGGAAUUUGCAGGACACUGAGAUCCGAGAGUAUUUCCAUUCGCCGACAGGACUUGCAAAAGACCUGAAAGAUAAAACGAUCGUCGUCUACGUGGACUCUUAUUCUCCACCGACAAACGCUGAACGAAAGAAGCCAGACUCUGUCUACGAAAGCGUUCCGAAAAUCGAAGGAACCUACAACGGCCGAUUCGUACGAUGCAUCAACAUUUAA